GGGGAAACUAUCAAGUAUAAUUGACAGCUAUUCUUUUCAAUGAGGAAAACCGUGAAAUCCCUUUCCCUCUCUAUAGCCAGUGACGGUUGUGCGCAAAGAAUACCUACCUUGCUGCCAGCUCAUUGUUUGACCCCACAUAUUACGGCAUUAUAAACGCUUCGGCCGCUCCACGUCCGGAAAACAACUGAGAUUCGAGGACAAAGCGGCAUCUUCGAGGAAACAACAAACGGAAUCGGUCAUUCACCCCGAGUCCAGGUCUUUGUUUACAUAGAGUUGACAUUAACAGCUUCACACGCUACGACCGCGAGUUCGAAUUCGUGGUCUUUUGUCUUCCAAAACCGAAGCUCACCCCACGAUCUUGCGAACACAACUAUACAUCUUGAAGGACCUCAGCCAUAGAUAUCCUAUCUCAUCCGUUCGAUAUAUCUAUCAGAGGCAAAAACCAGCACAAGCUCCAACCAGAACGGGACACCGAAUCAACUCCCCAUACCGACAGCCGUGAGCUCUGUCAAUUUCAUCAUCAUCAACCACACCCGAGCAGUGCCCAACAGCAACAGGCGAUCAACACCGCCACCAAACCCAUUCUCUUAUCACACCACAUUAUCACCAAACCACAAAUCCAACAAAAAUGUCCCAACCCCUCUUCGGCCUCAUUCCCGCCGGUCAGCCCGUAAUAAUCUCCCCCACCGAAGCUCCCAGUCCCACCUCCUUCCUGUACGCCAUCCCACCGACCAACCCGAACUCUCCCCCCGGUUCCGCCAUCUCCAAGCCCUUCGGGCACGUCGUCGUCUUUCUUUUGCCUGGCGUAGUCCUCCCCCCGGGGACCGCAGCAGCAAUUUACCUCGUCACUCCGCCCUCACCAGGGCAGACGGCGCCCAACUUCAAGUUUUUGGGUGGGAUCGGCCCGGGGAAGGAGAGUGCUAUCUUCAAGGUUGGACCUGGUGCAGGAGGGACAGGGGGUGGGAACGAGAAUGUGGUGAUUGGGGUCUCGGUUGAGGAUGCGGAGAGUGUGGCCAGUAGGAUGUCUGCGACGGGGACAACAACACCAGGAGCAGCAGCAGCAGCAGCAACAACAAGUGGUAAUGGGACAGAAGGGGCGUUGGUGCCGGUUUCGGCAGCGCGGCAGCAGCCGAGCACGCUGGUGCUGGCGCAGAGGAUCAUCAAGAAUGCCUUCAACUUCUUGUCGAGCUAUACCGGGUCCACGCCGGGGCAGAUGGAGGUGGUGCCGCUUAAGGCGUUUGAGGAGUGGUGGAAGAAGUUUGAGAGUAAGGUGAGGACAGACCCGGGGUUUUUGGAAAGGGAUGAUGAUCAAUGAUCAGUAAGCAUAUGGGGACAAAGGAAUGGUGACUCAGAAGAAAGCGUUCUAUACAUAUGUGACGAGGGCUGAAUUCGUGGGAGAGGCUCCCGGAUGGGCAUAGUUGGAAGAAAGCCUUCUUUCCUCCUGGCGGAUGUGUACCUAGUCUUGGGCUUCGGGGACAAAAGGGGGGGUUCGUCGAAAUUGGUGAAAUUGGUGAAAUUGUAGAUGGCAAGACCAUGAAAUUGUCAUAUUAAUGAUGAGGUCAGGUCAACGCCAUGUUUGUGUAUGUGUCAGAUCGUUCAGGACGCAAAUAUACCCAGUUAGAACAAAGGACAAGCAAAGAUGGCACAGAGAGAC